AUGGCGGCCGCUCGCUGCAGCGACAUGGCGGAGCCCCAGCGGCGCCUUCCCGGGCAGGCGGCGCCCGCCGAGGAGGAGGAGGAGGCGGAGGUGGCGGCGGAGGUGGAGGUGGCGGCCGCGGCCGCCGGUGGGGCUGGAUCCUCCUCCUCGUCGUCGCCGCUGCCGCCGCCGCCGCCUUCGGCCGCGGCGGAGCCGGAGCCGCUGCUGCUGCUGAACGGCGAGGCGGAGAGCAUGUCGGAGCCCAGCCCGGAGAGCGCCAGCCAGGCCGGGGACGGGGAGGACGAGGACGAGGAGGAGGAAGAGGAGGAGGAGGAGGAGGAGGAGGAGGGCGGCGAGGAGGAGGAGAGCAGCCUGGUGGGCAGCAGCAGCAGCAGCACGAGCAGCGGCUGCUGCAGCGACGAGACCCGCUCGCCGAGCCCCGGCGGCGGCAGCGAGGCCGACGCCAAGGAGGAGCCCAAGGGCCCCCGGGGCAGCCAGGAGGACGGGCCGGGCCGCGGCGGCGGCGGCGGGGGCGGCAGCAGCUCCAGCAGCGUGUCCAGCGGCGGCGACGAGGGAUACGGCACCGGCCCCGGCACGGGCGGCGGCAGCAGCUGCGGCAGCGCCACGUCGGGGGGCCGGCGGGGCAGCCUGGAGAUGUCCUCGGACGGGGAGCCCCUCAGCCGCAUGGACUCGGAGGACAGCAUAAGCAGCACUAUCAUGGACGUAGACAGCACAAUUUCCAGUGGGCGUUCCACGCCAGUCAUGAUGAAUGGACAGGGAGUUCCUGCCUCCUCUGCCAAAAGCAUUGCCUAUAACUGUUGUUGGGAUCACUGCCACGCCUGCUUCAGCUCCAGCCCGGAUUUGGCGGAUCACAUUCGCUCCAUACACGUGGAUGGUCAGCGAGGAGGGGUGUUUGUUUGCUUGUGGAAAGGUUGCAAAGUAUAUAAUACACCUUCAACAAGUCAAAGUUGGUUGCAGAGGCAUAUGCUGACACACAGUGGGGACAAACCUUUCAAGUGUGUAGUUGGUGGGUGCAAUGCCAGCUUUGCAUCUCAGGGAGGACUUGCCCGUCAUGUACCCACACACUUCAGCCAGCAGAACUCUUCAAAAGUUGCCAGCCAGCCAAAGGCCAAAGAGGAAUCUCCAUCUAAAGCUGGAAUGAAUAAAAGAAGAAAAUUGAAGAACAAGAGACGACGAUCACUACCAAGACCUCAUGACUUCUUUGAUGCACAAACACUGGAUGCUAUAAGACAUCGAGCCAUCUGCUUUAACCUCUCAGCACAUAUAGAAAGUUUAGGAAAAGGCCACAGUGUUGUAUUUCAUAGUACUGUAAUAGCUAAACGAAAAGAAGAUUCUGGCAAAAUAAAGCUCUUGCUUCAUUGGACACCAGAGGACAUUCUGCCUGAUGUGUGGGUAAAUGAAAGUGAGCGACAUCAGUUAAAAACUAAAGUAGUUCAUUUAUCAAAACUACCAAAAGAUACUGCCUUGCUUCUGGACCCAAACAUUUACAGAAAUUCUAGUAAAGGAGGUACAUACAGUGGAAUCCUGAAAGAUCACUUCUGUUAAGAUCACAUACUGAACAAUGCCCCAGAAGAGGUUGAAGAGGUAAAAACCAAGCAACUGGGGACACCUGCAGUCUUAGUCACUGACAAUGGAUUUAGAAAUAAAGUUGCACAUUAGUCAAA